AGAUCAUUAGACGGCACUGCAAAGCUAACAGAGCGUCAACAUUUUUAUUCAACUUAUUACCAUACGGCAACUUCCUUAAAUAUAACAUGGCGUUAUUUAACAGAGUAAUAGGAAAGCAUGUUAACAAAAAAACAAAUUGGCAGCACCAAGACACAGCUUGGCGCUUACCUAAACAAAUGUUAAGUAAAGUUAAGAAUACAACACAAUAACAAUAUAAUAUCAUUCCCUUUCUUUCCCCUUUUUUUUUUUUUUUCAGCAACCAUGGCAACAGCUUCAACGGAUGCGACCGAAUCAGGCACCAUCUCGAAACAGGCAUCUUCAGUCAGGCACCAGGAGGAGGGCAGCCAUCUCACCGGACGCAGUCAUCUCAGGCUGGAGCAGCCACUCGAGCAUUGGCGCUGAAGGCCUCUCGCCGCCAAUCCACAGGAGCCAGCCGCCAGGACCAGUCAUCUUCAAGCGGCAACAGGAACAGGGCAGCCACCGUAUUGACCCAGUGGACGCUGUGAUCCCUGGCUGGAGCAGCAACUCAAGUGCUGGGCGCCGAGAAUCCGCCAACAGGGCGGUCGGCGCUGGAGUUCCCGCCGCCAGUCCACAGGAAUUAGCCGCCAGGACCAGGAGUAGUUGUCCUUUCAGGAAUUAUGACAGCAGAGCUGCCGCACAGUAUGCGGAGAAGCAGUCCACCUCCAACGACGAAGCAUCUAAUUGGAACAGGUCCGUCAUCGCAGCAGACGUGUGGCCCCGGACACCAGAGGUCGAAUCAGCUGUCAAGUGGCGGUCGCCCGAGGCCGCACCAGAAGCAGCCGGCGCAGCAUGUGUUUUUGACUGUGUAAUGAAGACAAUUAAGCAGCCGACGGAAGCAUGGGAGCCGACAGCCAUGGAAUAGCAGCAUCAGGCAUUGGCCGCAAAGCGGCAGUCACACCACGCUGCGAACAAACUGCAGCAGAAGCAG